GCAGGCUCACCGCUGGCACCAGUCGGCACCGCCCGCGUGGGCGGGGCUAGCCCGGUACCCGCGGCUAUGGCUCCCGCGGCCGCCAGCGUUCCCGAGGUGGUUCGCGCGGCUCAAAAGGACGACUACUACCGCGGCGGGCUGCGCAGCGCGGCGGGCAGCGUCCUGCACAGCCUGGCAGGUGCGAAGAAGUGGCUGGAGUGGAGGAAAGAGCUUGAGUUGCUGUCCGAUGCAGCCUACUUUGGCCUCACCACACUUGCAGGCUACCAGACCCUGGGGGAGGAGUACGUCGGGAUCAUCCAGGUGGACCCGUCCCAGAGGCAGGUGCCCUCCAGGCUGCGCCGCUGUGUGCUGGUCGCGCUGCACACCAUCCUGCCCUACCUGCUGGACAAGGCCCUGCUGCACCUGGAGCACGAGCUGCAGACUGAUGGCAAUGGUGGCCGGCCCUCGCAGGGCGGCCCAGCACCCAGCGUGCGAGGCCGCUCUGGAGCCAGGCGCUGGGUGCACCGGCAGGUGGCGGCCCUGACGGAGCAGCAGCAGAAGGCACUGCUGCGGGCCGUGCAGGUGCUCAGGCCAGGCCUGGGCUACCUUCAGCGGCUCCACGUCGCCUGGUUCUACAUGCAGGGCGUCUUCUACCACCUGGCCAAGAGGCUCGCCGGAGUCACCUAUCUCCGCACCCACCGCUCCCCUGCAGAGGACCCAAGGGCUCUCGCCAGCUACAGGCUGCUGGGCCUCGUCUCCCUGCUGCACCUGGCGCUGUUCGUGGGCCUGCAGCUCCAUGGCCUCCGGCAGAGGCAGCGUGCCCGGCGGGAGUGGAAGCUGCACCGAGGCCUGUCCCACCGCAGGAGCCACACGGAGGAGAGAGCGGGCUCCAGGAGCAGCCUCUGCACCCUGUGCCUGGAGGAGCGCAGGCACCCCACAGCCACGCCCUGUGGCCACCUCUUCUGCUGGGAAUGCAUCACCCAGUGGUGCAGCUCCAAGACGGAGUGUCCCCUGUGCAGGGACAAGUUCCCGCCCCAGAAGCUCGUCUACCUGCGGCACUUCCGGUGACCAGAGGGCAGGGCGACCCCAGGAGAAAGCUUAGUUCCUUCUUAGGAUGAACUCACACGGAAAUCAUAGCGUCCCCCAGUCUAACCCCUUUGUCACAUAAGACACUGCGCCAGCAGUCCCGGAGCCAGGUGGCGUCUCAGGAGCAGGCUGGGGCGUGCUGACCGGUCCUGUGGUGAGAGAAGUUGCCACCUGGUGGGCCACACGGGCUUGGCCCGGUUGAGCACGUGCUGAUGAGCAGAGGUGUCACCGUCCUCGGGUGUGGUCUGCCCACCAGCCGCACUCGCUGCAAACUGCGCCGGACAGCAGCCCGGGCCAGGCUCGCCCACUCACAGGACUAGGAGGCGCUGUGGACUCGGGUGCUCAGUGCUACCUCUUAAUGCACACGUGCAGCUCCUUUCCCACUCGGAAUGUGGAGUGUGGAGCCUGGCCCUGGACCUUGAAGACUCCCGACCCAGGGCUGAGGCGGGGGAGGGGGGGGGGCUGCUGUCCCAACAUCUCAGCCUCGAAACGCCCCUGCAGCCUGCAGGAAGAUUCCCCUCAGUGUCCUGCCCCCUUCCUGCCACUUUCAGGUUUCAAAAACUACCUUGUGCCAGAGACAGGACCUUGCCAUGGGUGUCCUUAGGACACAGGCCCCACUGCAGUGUAGGUGCAUUCAUGUCACAAGGGCACAGUGCAAGUCAGAUGUCUCAGAGGCUGGUGACAGGCCCUGGGGCCUCCGGGGCGCCCCCAUGGGACUGCGAGGUGUAACUGACAGGCCCGCACAAGUGCUCGGUGCAGUGCAACUCAGCCACUGUCCCAUCUCAGAGAUGGCCCUGUCCUCGGCAGCAAAGGUCGGCUGCAGACAGGCCCCAGGACCGUGGACAGACUGGCCCCAAAGCCCCCUGAGCAGGCCCACAGCCCCUCAUCGGGAGUGUUGGCUGGGAAGGCGAUGGGUAGGGCAAGAGGUGCUCACAGCCCGAGUGCAGUGGCGACACAAGAGCACCGACACAGGACACUCACUAGACAAGGAAGGUAGUGACACCGUCCCCUGGCAUGGAGUCUGCAGGGAGUUGCCGAUAGAAAGGCCACACAGAACACCUGACAUCUAGAACCCUGAGCCGGGUGGAGAGCCACCUGGAGCCACCAGCCUGAGCCCGCAGAUCCAGAAGGGGGGGCUCCCCUGCGGGGCGCAUUUCCCAUAAAGACGACGUGAGAAAGGGGACACCGUCUUUAAUUGUUUGAAUUAAAAAGUCAGUAAAAGG